CUGGCAUAUAUUGGAUGCACAGCUGGUUACGCUACCCUCCUACCUUGCUCACUGUUACUCAUACGCCUACAUACUCGGUGUAGAGGCUAUAGUGCAUAUUAUAUAUAUAUUAUUAUUAUCACCAUCGAUAUUGCUGCGGCCAUCUUAGCAUCUGACAAUAACUCAGUACUAUAUGUACGAUCCUCGAGCUGGAGAUCCACUGCAAUUCCCGCCUUGACUCUAGGAGAAACGCAAAAGCAAAGAAAAGCAAAAGCAAAAAAGCGUCCCCUUGGAGGAGCAGAAAAGAGAUAUAGACGAAGACGAAGAAGAAGCUCUCGCAAAAGUCUCAAACAGCCGAACUGUUUGGUCCUUUUUCUUUUCUUUUCGUCUCUUUGCUUUUUUCCCCCUUCUACUUGCUGUACGGAGUACUGUUAACUAGUUAACUGCGCUGCUCUGUGUCUCCGCCUCCCCCUCUGCCUUUAUAUACCUGCGUCUCGCCCCCUUUGCUCCGGCCGCCUCUUCUUCUUCUUCUUCCCCGACUGCUUCUGCUUCCUGCUACUACUUCUAUUUCUCCAGUCGUCUCGCUGACUGCCGUUCCUUUCUUCUGCUUUCACUCAAUUGCUGUUUAAUACUUUUCUUAUAUACAAUCCUCUUAUAAUCGCUUACCAGGCACCCUGCUUGUUCAAUUCACUCCUUGGAUUCGCAUAACGCAUAGCAUACUUUGACGCUCUUCCGCCUGCUAGCUGGGUUUAGUUAUCGAUUGCCGGAGGAAGAAAGAAAAGAAAGAGAAAAGGAAUAAAAAAACACCCCUUGGUUGAUUGAAGGACGGCUUUUGCGCAAUACAUCGACCACAACCAAAAAGCGAAGGGCUUUGAUACUUCACGACCGUUUUACUCUUCUCAAAAGAAAGAGACCUGCGCCGAUAAUCAUGUAUUCCUGCGUCAACUACCCCCGCGGAUGCCGUGGCCGUGUCAACAUUGACGGAGCCAAAUGCGCUACUUGUGUGGCCUCCAACCUGCGCCGUCCUGCUUCUCCAUCUCCAUUUGGUUCUGCAUUCCGCUCUCAGCCAGCCUACCGACGGGCGUGGCUGGACGAGAAGAACGAGGAUGAUAAGAACUAAUUUUGCUUCUCUCUAUCUCUCUCCUUUUUGAACAUCAACCACGGGAAAAAAAGCAUUCAUCUACGAAACUUGACUUUGGGACUGGAUUCCGCAUACAACAACCAAACAAACCACCACACUCCUUACAUACACAUGCCUGGGUGCAACCAUUCAACCAAAAAAGAAGACCAAGAAAAGGAAAAAAGAGAAAAGAAAAGAAAUAAAAAAAUCCCAAA